GUGGAUAUAUAGAUUAUUUGGAAAUUUUGGAGAAAAAUAAAACCAUCGAAGCAAAAAAUGAUAAUGAAGAAAAGAUAUUUCUUAAAUGGAAGGAAGUGUAUUAUCACAACAAGAUGAUGGUUAAAGAGAACCAAUAUCGAGAAAAUUUAAUUAACUCCUACAUUAAAGGGUUACAAUGGGUGCUUUCUUAUUACGAAGGAACGCUAAAAUCUUAUAGAUGGUUUUAUCCUGAAUAUUAUUCACCACUUAUAUCAGGCAAGUCCUAG